AUGUCCACCGUAUCCGAGUCACGUCCCCAUGUCAUACUUUGGGGUGUGGCCAAGCCACCCAAUGCACCCAGCUCAUCUGGCUUCUGCCAAAAGCUAGAAGCAUUCCUCAGAUUCAGUGGCAUUUCAUAUGAACUGGGCGAGACAGUGCCGAGGAAAGCUCCCAAGGGUAAAGUUCCCUUCGCCAACAUCAGGCAUGACGGGAAAACCGUUACUGUCGCGGACUCCCAUUUCAUCAUCUGCUACCUCGUCGAGAACGGGCUUGUCAAAGAUCCGGACACAAUCGCCGACUUGACUCCCGUUCAAAAGGGCGAGUCGAGAGCAUGGCAAGCAUAUAUUGAAGAAGUGCUAUACUCUGCGAUCGUCCGAGAUCGGUGGUACAUAGAUGAAAACUAUGCAGUGACUGCUGGGGAGAUAUUUGGGAGUAUGACCUGGCCUGUGCGGCCCGUUUUAUCCUGGUUUUUCAGGAGGAAGGUGACACAGGCGAUUUGGAAUGCUGGGAUGGGGCGCCACUCUCAGGAAGACGCUCAAUCUUUGCAGAAAGAGGCUUUCGAGGCUCUCGAAGCAAGGAUGUCAGGUCACUUGUACUUUCACGACACCGAGCAGCCGACUCGCAUUGAUCUCACCAUUUAUGGUUUCCUCGCCAAUACACUCGCAACGAAUGGGAACCCUUACUGGGCGGAUAUGGUACUUAGAAGUUCCACCCUCCUGGAAUUCACGAAGAGAAUGACGACCUUGCUCUUCCCCGAAUACGAACUCCUUCUACGUCGCAUUGAAGAAGCCGUCUCAGGCAGUAGCGACCACGGCAGCGCCUCAACGAGCAGCGUUUGCUCGCUCGAGUGA